AUGGCUCCCCAGACUUGUCGGUUCUGUGGGGCAGCCAUGGACAUUCGCGACGGUCACCGUGAGUGUCCGUCUUGUUUGGGCAUGGCGCAUUUAAUGGAUGACGUUGAUUGCCCAUGUCCAGCAGCCAUUGAUCUGCCUCUGGAGGAAAGGGCCCGAAGGGCUAGGCUUGAGGGGCAUUCCCAACACACUGCGGCAGCUGCUCCCCCUAGUAGGGAACGAGAGCGUCGCACGGAAAACCGCUCCCGCAAGCGUAAACAGGGGCAGUCCCAGGGGCAGGGAAAAAAACGUGCCACAGAGACUAACUCUCCGCCACUGCAGAGUCCAGCCCCACCUGUAGAUGGGGCAGGGGGGCAGGAGGAUACUCAGUGUCAAAUCCUGGCCGCCAUUCGUGGUCUGGCAGACAGGGUGAGUAGAAUGGAAGCUCUGAGAGCAGCUCCACUGACUGCGGCUUGUUCGGAGGGGAUCUCCCCUAGGGACUUGCCGGCAUAUGAAGAACAUCAGACAGAUCACCCUGAUGCUAUAUCACUUUAUGCUCAGGUUUCUCUCUUGGAGGACGAGGGUCACACAGAGAUUGCUGAAGAGUCACAUUGCCUUAGCCUAUCUCACACAGGUGAGUCUGCGUCCGUAGACGAUGGUACUGGCGAUUCUGUUCCCAGUGAUGUGUUUUCAAAGGUUUUGAGUGCGGCUAAGAUUAUGGGCCUUUCAAUUCCAAUUGAAACCCCUAGCUCAUCGGAGGGAGUCUGGGCUGGCAUCUCGCAGUCUCGCCCCUCAGUGACUAUUCCUGCAGCCGAGGAUUAUUGUCAGAUGUUAAGGAGGUCAUGGAAUAAUCCUGGUAGCGCCCCUCAGUUUAAUUCGGGGUGCAGGAGGCUAGCCAAGGCACAGUACCCCCAUGAGUCUGGUUUGGGCGAUAUGCCGCCUGUAGAGAGGGAAAUGGCAGCUUUAACCCCUCUAGGCCCAGAUAGGGUGACCACUAAUCCACACUGUCCUCGUAAGGAGUGCAAGAAGACAGACCACUUGGUUUGUAGGUCCUAUAAUGCAGCCGCCCGCGCGGCGUGUGCAGGAAAUGCACUCGCUCUCUUGUUAGCAGCGCUCAGAAGGACCGCUAGUGCGGGUGAUCAGGACACCAGAAACCUGAUAGAUGCGGCCCUGUCCACACACUCUCAGCUUACUCGUGACAUCGGUUCCGCUAUGUCGUCAGCCAUGAUGGCCCGCAGACAGAUCUGGCUAGCUCAGACAACCCUCCCCGAGAACAUCAGGAAGGAGCUUACCAACAUGCCGGUGGUACCAGGCGCCAGGGCUCAGGUGCACAAGGUUCGGGUGAUGCUGCAGGAAGACUGCGACUGCAGCAUCAAGGGUUUCAGCCCCGGCCUACAGCAAGAGGGGCUCCUCAAAGGAGACGCCCCCCCAAGGGUCCAGGGACCCAGGGGGCCUCUGCAUAGGAGUGGUGGGGCAGCCGCCAAGGUUCACUCCCAGCUACGCCUGGACAGCUGGGAGAAGGAAGUCUCAGACCCCUGGGUAGUGGCUACUGUUGCAAGGGGUUACAGAAUUCAAUUUCGGCGGCGGCCCCCACCUUUUUCCAGGGUCCAGAUGACGUUGGUCAAGGACCCAGUCCAGGCAAAAGUUCUGUCCGAGGAGAUUGCAAUCCUCCUUCAGAAGAAAGUAAUUGCGAAGGUAAGGCCCAGCGAACAGCAAGCUGGCUUUUAUUCAACAUAUUUCCUUGUUCCCAAAAAGGAUGGUGGGAUACGUCCCAUCCUGGACCUCCGGCGCCUAAAUACUUACAUAAAGGUUCUGCCGUUCAGAAUGCUGCACACACAGCACAUUCUAGAGUCGAUAGAGCAAGGGGAAUGGUUCACCACUAUCGAUCUAAAAGACGCGUACUUCCACGUCCCCAUUUGUCGGGCACAUUGGCAGUUUCUACGGUUCGCAUUUCAAGGGCAAGCUUACGAGUUCAAGGUCCUUCCGUUUGGUCUCUCCCUUUCUCCGAGAGUUUUCACCCGAGUGGUAGCAGCCGCUCUGUCACCACUCCAGAGGGCAGGCUUAAAGAUCCUGCCAUACCUGGACGACUGGCUGGUCUGCGCUUCAUCUCGCGAACAGGUCAUGCAGCACACCGAGAGGGUCUUAGCUCAUGUCCAAUCCCUUGGUUUCAGGGUGAACUUAAAGAAAAGCAACCUCGAACCGAGGCAGGAAACAGUAUUCUUGGGACUUUGCCUGAACUCACUUAUGAUGAAGGCGUCUCUUACCCCUCAGAGGGUUGCGAGAAUCCUAACGGUCUUGCGUAUCUUCCGACUGGGCAAACGCCUACAGUUGGUUCACUUUCAGAGACUGCUGGGGUUGAUAUCAGCAGCAGUGUUGGUGAUUCCGCUGGGCCUGCUCAGGGCUCGGCCCCUACAGCGGUGGCUGAAUGCGUUCAACCUCCAUCCACGGAGGGACAGGCAUGUGAAGCUCAGAGUGACUCAGUCAUGUCAGAGAGCUCUGAGCCCAUGGAGGGACCACAAGUUGCUCACACAAGGUGUACCCUUGGGCAAUCUGCCUUCAAGGAGGACUUUGGUGUCCACAGAUGCCUCCAUGACAGGCUGGGGAGCAGUCUGGGAGGGCAGAAUGGCGAGAGGUGUUUGGAAACCUCCAUGGGACACCGAACACAUCAAUGUGCUCGAGCUGAGGGCUGUGCAUCUGGCUCUCAGGGCCUUUCUCCCAUUCAUACGCGGCAGGCAUGUCCUGGUGAAGUCGGACAGCUCUGCCGCAGUUUACCAUGUCAAUCAUCAAGGAGGCACGAAGUCUCUGCGUUGCCUCAAGAUGGCACAGAGGCUUCUGCCUUGGGCUUUUCCACGUCUGGCCUCGCUAAAGGCUGUCUAUGUACCAGGGGUGCUGAAUCGGGCUGCAGACCUCCUCUCCAGAUCGGGGCCUCUCCCGGGGGAAUGGAGACUACACCCAGAGGUGGUGGCGAGUUUGUCGACUCAAUUUGGCAUGGCUCAGGUAGAUCUGUUCGCAUCCAAGGAGACAGCCCAUUGCCAGCUGUGGUUUUCCCUGAGGCCUCCAGGCGGUCCUCUGGGCCUGGAUGCUCUGUCUCACGAGUGGCCGAAGGGGUUACUGUACGCUUUUCCCCCACUACCAUUGAUUCCUCAUGUGUUGGACAGAAUCAACCGGGGGCACUACAAGGUUCUGUUGGUAGCCCCACGGUGGCCGGGGAGACAUUGGUUUCCGGCCCUCCUUCGCCUGGUUCACGGCCGACCUUGGCCCUUGCCACUCAGGGCGGACCUUCUGUCCCAGGCGGGAGGAAAAAUUUGGUAUCCCAAGCCAGCUGUUAUGCAGCUGUGGGCUUGGCCCCUUCUCAGUCUGUCUCUCAUGACCUGAGUGACGCUGUUCGGGAGACCAUAGAUAAUGCUAGAGCACCCUCCACACGCUACAAUUACAAGCAAAGGUGGAAGUUGUUCUCAUCGUGGUGCCACCAUAAAGGGGCAGAUCCCGUCACCUGCCCGGUGGCUUUGGUACUUGACUUCCUCCAGUCGCUGCUGGAUGCAGGUAGGGCAGCUAGCACCCUGAGGGGCUACACUGCGGCUAUUUCUACUUUCCAUGACACACUGGGGGGUCUUUCGGUAGGGAAGCACCCCAUAGUGUCCCAGUUUCUGAAAGGUGCUAACCGUCUGCGCCCAGGCAGGAGUUUACGGGCUCCAUCAUGGGACCUACCUUUGGUGUUGAGGUCCUUGGCUACAGCCCCAUACGAACCACUGGAACAGUCAGAUUUUAAGUUUCUGUCACACAAGACUGCAUUCCUUUUGGCCAUUUGCUCUGCCAAGAGGGUGAGCGAGCUACACGCACUGUCUGUGAGCAGCGAGCGCUUGAGGUGGAGAGCAGAAUAUGCAGGGGUGUCCCUGUGGCCGAACCCGUUCUUCCUCCCUAAAGUGGUAAGCCCUCAGACAGUGAAUCAGGCUAUUGAAAUGGAAACAUUCCAACCUGAUCCAUCUUGCCAAGAGGGAGCGGCUCUUCAUACAUUGUGUCCAGUAAGGGCACUGAAGGCCUAUGUUGAUCGUACUCGGACGCUGAGGCAGGCACACACUCAGCUGUUCGUUUGUUAUGGGGGCAAGAAGUUUGGUCACCCCCUGUCUAAGCAGCGUCUGUCCCACUGGUUGGU